CCGCCUUUCCCCGGCGUCUCGGCCAAUGAUUUGUCAGUAAGUAAUUUGAGGAAGACGGUUUAUUAUUUCUUACGUAUGACAGAACCAUUCAUAACAGCUUCAUUAAAACCAGGAUGGCGAACUCAGUCACCAAGGAAAUCUCCUAUGAGGAUCUGAAAGCACUCAUGGGAAAAAGCCAGAAUCUCUUACUGGUUGAUGUCCGCACGAAAGACGAAGUGGAUAAGGGACGUAUUCCAGGAUCUGUUAACAUCCCAGUUGAUUCAGUAGAGGCUGCUUUUGCAAUGGAGCCAGAAGCAUUCAAGGCCAAAUACGGAGUAACCAAGCCACCGUUGGAAGCACCCGAGCUGGUGUUCCACUGCCAGAUGGGCAGGAGAGGAGCAAUGGCUACAAACACAGCCUAUAAACUGGGAUAUGUGAAUGCACGUAAUUAUGCUGGAGCAUACAAGGAGUGGACCGAGAAGGAGGGAAAGUGAUUCAGGUUAACUAUAUAAAUCUAUGUAGUGGCACACAUAUUUAUACUAACGACGGUUGUGAAAGCCUGACAGACAAAAUAGAGUUUUUUUAAAACAUGUUUCUGUUUGUUAUCUUUUCAUGCAGCUUUGUUUUCAUACACUGGAUCAGUGUACUGAAAGUGUAUGAAUUUAUACAAAUAAAAUAAAUUAUGUUGUCUGUUUUUCCGAU